CUAUUAAAGAAAGAAAAAGUUACAAAACUGCGGAUGACACAGAUUAUUUAUUGCAAAUGCUAUCCGAUUUAACCGAGAACAAAGUUUCUGAUAUUAUAGAGGAAGAUGAAAAACCUGAAUCCAUUAUGAUCAAAGAGCAUCAAGCUUUAAAAAACAAAACCGAAGAUAUUGAGAUGAAACCAAUAAGUUUUGAGCCCAAACGACAGUCUGUAGCUUUAAGCAGAGAAGAUAUGUUAAAUAAUAUAUCUAUGGCCCGCGCUACUUUGCAAAAAUCAAGAUUGGAACUCGAUGAAAGCGAUAAUUUCGAAGAUACAGAGAAAGAUUCUUCCGCGGAACGGGAAUCGCCUCGUAAAAAGACAGUACGUUUGAGCAAUGAAGUAGUAAAAACACUACAUUUUGAAGAAGAUGAUACAGCAAGCGAAACCAGCAUCAAAUCUGAUAAAAUAUCACCACUUAAAAAAACAGCAUUUGGUGAAACCUCUUAUAUGAAAGAACGCAAAGCCAAAGUGAUACCCAGUUAUUUAAAAGACGUGUCAGAUGGCAUAAAAGCGUUGAUGCAUGAUUUAGUCAAACCCAAUGCAGACACGCUGCCAUUUGAAGCUGUCGGACUAGACAAAAGCUUAAAGAAAAACCCUUCGACUUGUAGUACACAGAUACAAGCUAACUUAAUGACAUCGAGUCAAAUUGAUUUGAAUACUGAACUGUAUUCAAAUCCUACAUCUGUUUAUGAUUUUAAGGCUCAAGCUGCCUUUGCAAAUGAGGUAGCAACAGUUGAUAAUGGGUCAAAUCUAUCCGCGCUCAAAUGUCCCGUCCGAUCCUUUCCGGAAACACAAAUAAAUAAAGCCUCUGAAAGCGUGUGGCCAAAUGAAAGUGAUAUGAAUACAUGUAGGCGGCAAAACCAACUCCUAAAAAAACAAACUGUUGUUGAAGAAGUUCUUGUUUUCGAUCACGAAAAUCCUUUAAAAAAUGUGUUUUUAGCGCCCACAAGUUGCGCAAAAGUUCAUAGGUAUAACCCAAUUUCAUCUGACGAAGCGAUAGGCGGCACUGGACAGAAUUGUUUCUCAAAUAUAACAACGAACGAUAAAGACAUUGAAGUGGAAAGAGUUUCUAUGCAGUAUAAUGUGAAUAGCCGCGGCGUAUUGCCUCAUAUGCAUCUCCAAUCCGGCGAUGUACGUGAUGAAAAUAUUACGGACGUUCAGAGCAAAACGUCCACAAUAAGUAAGCCAAUGUCAAUUGACCAAUCGACGGAUGUCAGAAUGGUGGAAGUGAAAGACAUUGACAUCAACACAUCCAUCACUAUGAAAGGCAACAAGGAGUUGCUCGAGGCUACUUCAUCGCUGACAUUAGUUGACGACGCGCUCACACAAAAUGUGUUCGACAUUGAUAUCGAUACAAAUACUUCACACAAGUCUUUCACAGCUAUUAAACAAAAAUCACCAGUGAAAAUAAUUUACCAAAUAGACGAAUGUGGUAUUAAAACUGAAAAAAAUGAUUCUGAUUUCACAUCGACCGAUGAAGUAACAACAGAACUCAAAGAGCACAAGCGUAAAAAACGAAAUUAUAGUUCUACCAAACACAAGAAUACCACACUUUCGGAUUUAGACGUUACUCCGAAACCCACCAGCAAGGUGCAAAAGAUGUCAAAUAGUCCGAAAAAUAUUAUCAAAACAAUAUUAGACUUGCAUCGCACGUCGCCUGAUAAAAACAAAUUGACCUCCAAUAAAAUUGAAUCUAUUAGGGAUGAAGAAAUGCUCAGUCCAGACAAAGACCAUAAGAAAUCACCAAGAAGAUCAAACGACAAAACUGGAACCACGAUAACUGUGCAAAGACUGAUAACAGAAUAUCACAUAGAGACUAGCAUGGACCAAAGAACAUUAAACAAACAGAUAGUCGAGGCUUUGACUGACCAACCUGGAAAAGCAAAGGCUGUAAAUAUGGAUGAGGCCAGUGGUCUCGAACCUGUGUGCUCUUUUACGAGUAGCAAAAACGUUAAAGAACAAGAUGAUAACAGCAUAUCGAUGAGCUCGCGGCCAGUAUCGGUGUGUAGCGACAAGAGUGCCAAUUGUGUUAAUUGGCAAACGGAUCUGGUAAAUGAGGUCGGUUCGAAUAAUUCAAUGUCCGAGUGCGAGUCCAGCGUCAAUGUCGUCGCCAAGAUUGACAUGCUUCCGUUUAUGGGUAGUCACGAGUGCGAGUGGGAGUGGUCGUGCGGCGAUACGUGGUCGUUCCGUCUGCUUCACGCGCGGCUGCGGCUGGUGGUGCGGCUCGCACAUCGGCACGACAACGCGGCGAGGACAUGCGUGCGCGCAGAUACGCCCGUUAUUGCCAUCAACGUAGAAAUCGCUCAACAUGAUAAAAAGAACCCGGUGGCGUCGGCGUGCGUCCGUUUCGCGGCGGAGACGAUGCGGUACCUGUGCGCGGCGCGGUGCGCGGUGGCGGGCGCGGUGCCGGCGCUGGUGCGUCGCUGCGCCGCCGUGGCGCGGCUGGCGGCGCGCUGGGGCCGCGCCAUGCACCACGCGCGCGCCCACCUCGCCUACACGCUCACCGACGACGGGCGCCUCGCGCUCAAGGUGGCGAACAUUCCGCUGCGGUCGGUGUGGGAGGUGACGAUGCAGCUGGAGCUGGUGGCGGAGGAGGGCGGCGCGCCGAGCCCGCGCGCGACGGCGGUGCGCGUGUCGCGCGUGGUGGCGGAGCGCGGCGUGCCGGACGCGGCCGUGCGCGCGCUGCUGGGCGCCGUGCCCGCCGACUGGGGACACGCGCCCGCCACCAUCUGGCGGAUAUUCAAAUACCUGAAGAACAAGACGCGCGAUGACGACUUGCUAGCCGCAUGAUCCCACCGACAUACCUUUAGACCUACAUAUAAGAAAAACAGUACGAAACUCCUAAUUCCGGCUUGUUACAAACUAUUUGGAAUUUCAAAUAUUAUACAUAAUACAAAUUGGUUUAGCAUAUAGAACUUAGGUAUUUUGAAACCGCGAGUAAAAUUAAGUACAAAAAAUAGCAAAUUAUAUGAACUAAUGUUUAUUUAACAAUUGCAAAUGGUUUUGUGCAAACCACCACGUGUAAGUCCAUGAUCACAUUUAGUUAUUAAAGUAGACUGUUAGGAGGCCCGGUAUUUGUAUGUAGUGGCGAAAACCUCAAGUUACUAGUACUACUGCCUAUCAAUAGCGCGUUAAUUGUGCGAUUUAUUAUAGAUUUUUAAAAUCCCUUGUCGACUUAAGGAAAGUAACUUAAUUUGAAUCUGGACAAGCAAUGUAAAUAAUGUAGUGACGGCUCUAGGAGUCAACAGUACUGCAAGUCUGAUUUAGUUUUUAAGUUAUGUUACUGUUUCGGUGUGUAAGGAGUGUCAUGACUGAGAGGCGUAUUAACAAAAUCCUUAAAGUUAUGGUUAUAAUAUACAUUGAAACAAUCAUACCGCGAUAUCUCAUAUCUCAGUUGUCUAUUUCCUCACUUUGCUACGACGAGAUAUUUUAUAGCAAAUAUUAUUUUGCUCUUAAAAAUACAAUACAUAGAACAUAAAGACUGCUGAUUAAAAAGUGUAUUUGACGUAAUAUGUCUUAAAAAGUUGUUAAUUAUCCAAAGUCGUUACUUUUUUGAAAAUGAUAUAAGCGUCAGAAACUUUAAGCACGUGCGUAGUUUUAAUCGAAGAAGUAAAAUUUUUUAAAACCAAUUUAAUUCGCCGAUGAGGUUGUAGUUCCUUAUAUAAAAAAAUGUCUGCGCCCACGUCUAUUAUAAAAAAAAUGUUACAUUGAGAGUGCAUCGCUAGAUCGUGAUUUCUUUGAUUUAUAUUGUAUUUUAUUUCAAUGUCAACAUUUUCGUGCCCAUCCCGGAAUAUUAAUCAACUACCUUACUAUCACGAUUUAAUCUUAAUGUGAUUUUCUAUAAAAAGACACUAGAAUAUACCAAUUAUCAGAUGCACAUCACCAAUUUCCGAGUUUUAACUUAUAUAAUUUUAGUGUUAAAAUCAUAAUAAGAAAAAAAUAGCCAGCGUAAAGGCGGUCGCACAUUGUAGCGCAUAGUUUCACUGUCAGGUUUACAGCAAGACUGAUUUUUUACUUUAAGUUACCUAUUUUUACUAAUUCGUUGCCACAAAAGCUAGUUCAUAAAUUUAAAAAAUGAAAUUAUAUUUUCAAUACUUAAAAUCCGCAUGUUUAUGUUGGCUCCAUUCCGAAUAUUGUAGUGUUUAAAAAGGCCUUCCUCGACCGCCAUCCGGCCAAUGUUCAGAGUUUUAUAAGAUACAUUUAUUGAUAAAGGAUACCUAUGUUUAUUUUUACAAUUUUGGAUUGGUAAGCGUUUUGAUAAAUGAAAAUAUAAAGUAAUUUUGUGAACCAA